CACGGGACAAGAAGUGAAAAGAAGAGGAGAAGAGAAGAAGCGCGCCUGGAGCGCCUGAAAUCGUUUGAGAGAGUCUCUCUCCUGGGUCUCCGACCUAGCUCGAUUUCCGAUCAAUUCAUGGCAUGUGUCUCCCGCUUCGUGCGAUUUCCGGUUGGAAGCUGUGGUUAUUCUUGCUGAUUGGUAGUCGGAUUCACUGGAAUCUCAGAUUGGAAGGUGACUUUUAGCGAAACAACGAAGAAUGCAGACCUAUUGCGGCGAACUACGAACUUGGUUUGGUUCGCUCUGCUUUUUCGAUUCUGACUGAUAAUCUGUAUUUGUGCUACUGAUUUGAGGGUCAUACGUUAUUUUAGCUUGUUUGUUCGAUGACGGGCCCUGCGAUUUUGGCCUUUACUUUUGAGUAUGUUAGGUUCAAUGAUUGUUGGGUUUUGUCUGCUGCGAUUUUUGACUGCUGCGAUUUUUGGGUUUUGACUGCUGCGAUUUUUGGGUAAUUAAGGCUCUGCGUUUUCCGAUUGUUGGCUAUACUCGGUUUGGGUUUUGACUGCUGCGUUUUUUGGCUCUGCGUUUUUGGCAUCUGCGUUAUUGAUUACUGCUCUCUAUCUGAUUUUGGGGGGGACGAAACAGGCUAGGCAGUCUGUUAUGGGGAAAAAGAAAACAACAGACUGUGUUUCUUCCUCCAGACUUACCAGGUCUAAGGCUGGAAGUUUUGAAAUUCUGGCAGAUUGUGAUGAGGAUUUCCCUACUUUGGGACAAUCUUUAGCUUCAAGUUCUGAAAUGGCUGGUAGGCCUGCUUCAAAUCUGACUGCCACAGGGGGUUCUACUGCUGUAAGUUUGAUUACUGGGAAGCCUACUCAGUCAAGGGAACAGCCUCCUGCUGUGGAAAACACUGCUGCGGGAAAUGGGACUCCUGGAACUAAAAAGGGUGCUGCUGCACAAACUGAUUUGGAUGCUACUGCAGUUCAACUACCUGCGGUUAAGCAGCCUGAAUUAAAGGGUCAAACUACUACUCCCACUCCGUGGAAUGCCUUAUUUAAAGACAACCGUGACCCUAGGCAUGGAAUCAAAUUGAGAUAUGUACCCCCCAAAGGAGAUACAUUGGACUUUGGGGACCGUUUAUUGCCAUCCAUGGUUGAUAUGUGGGGUUAUUGCCUAGUUGGACACUUCACCGGGAAAUUCCCCGGACUCAAAGCGGUUCAUGACCUGAAAGCUAAAUGGAGUGUUCCAUGCCUUGUGAGAUCCCAUAAAAGAGGUUGGGUGAUCUUUAAAUUUCAUAAUGAGGAUGAUAGAUCUAAAGUACUACUUGGAGGACCAUACAUUGUGUUUGGAAAACUCCUUAUGCUCAAGGAACUCUCGGAGAAUUUUUCCUUUGAAGAAGAGGAAUUUCUAAAGGUUCCUAUUUGGGUCAAAUUCCAUGAUCUACCAUUACAAUUAUGGAAUGAUGAGGCCAUGAGUGAGGUGGCAUCCAUGGUGGGGGUUCCAUUAACUACUGAUAAGAUCACCCAAGAGAGGAUUAACAAUGAUUACGCUAGAGUCUUGAUAGAGGUUGACGUGUCUAAGCCACCACCACUUUCGUUUCCUAUACGACUACCCUCCCAUAAGGUAAUCAAACAAAGUGUGGUUUAUGAAACUUUUCCUAGUUAUUGUUUUCAUUGCAAAGAUUUUGGGCACAACCCAUUUAUUUGUAAGAAGUUUUCUAAAAGUGGGGCUGGGGUUGAAAAGGAAAAGGAAAAAAAUGUUGUUACACUUGAUGGAAUUGAAGGUCUUGGUGUUGCUUCAGGUCGGUCAGAUUCUGCCCAGGGGCUUAACCCGACCGGGUUGGCCCCAAACCCGACCGGGCCUCCACUUUCUGCCCAGGUUCCUACCAUGGACCCGACCGGGUCUGGCAGACAGAAUGCUAAACAGGGGCCUGCUUCCCCGGCUAUUGAUCAACGCCCAACCGUGCUCCCGACUGGUGACCAGAUUGAUGCUAUGGCGAGGAUAGUGAGUACAGAAGGUGAGUUGAAAAAAGAUGAUGUGGUCUUUAAGUGUGAUAUCAUAGAUGGUAAGACACUCAAUUUGUUUGUCAAACCAUUUAGACACGUCCGAGCUAGUGUCACUAGAGUGGAUAGAUUCCUUCAACUUACGGAUGAUUUGGAUAAGAGGGGCCUAACUUUCACCGAUCAGUGUAUGGAGAGUUUGCCGGGAUUUACUAUGAAGAAAGGGGAGGUUGCUUUUGGCGCAAAGUUUACUAAUCCUUUCCAUGUUUUCUUUGGAUGUUAAGCUUGAUACUCCUAAUUUUUGGUGAACUGUUUUUGCUGAUGUUUAAUUGUUCCUAUGAAUCUCUAGGUUCAAUUUGUUGAGUUUUUGUGAUUCCUGUCUUGACGUUGUGAUAUCCCUUUUUUUUUCGGGAUAUGCACUUUGCUUGUAACAUUGAAUUGUUAUUUCUUUGGGUGUUAAUAUAUACUUACAUUUCAUCCAAAAAAAAAGAGGAGAAGAGAAGAAAGAGUGGGAGAUAAAAAGAAAGGAAAUAGCUGCUGGCAAGAAGAAAGUUUUUGAGAAUAAACCUGGUCCCAGAUCCAGCUCCAUUUUGUACUCUAAAACUAAGUCUAAGUCUGUCCAUGUAAACUCAGCUUCUAGUAGUUCAGUCUUCAGUCCCAAGCUGAAAAACUCUGGGACAUCUUUUGAACAUGGCUCAAUGUAUAAUUCUACUAUUGCUUAUGGUUAUUCUAUUCCAGACCCCCA